AUGAUUACGAGACGGCCAGAGAGGAGUGGCUUUAUGCUGCUUCUUUUCAGUGUUCAAUGCUUCAGAAUUGUCAAUGGGUUUUCCGGCCGACAAACAGUGCCAAGAUUUCCAUUUCCACUGUCAAGAUUUCCACUGUCAAAAGUGAUACCCAGCAGCACUUCCAACCGGAUAAUAUCAUCAUCAUCAUUACCAUCAUCAUUGCAUAAGAAAAAAUCACCAGUCAUCCUGAAUAAUGACGAAGGAACAUCGGAUGAGGCUAUUAAUGGUGAAGAGGAAGCUGUGCCAACUGAAGCCUUUGGAGUUUCUGAAAAGACAUUGGUCAUGAACGAUAUGAUUCAGACGGCAAACAGCGAAGAAGAAGAAGAAAAGGAUGGUGGUGAAACCAUUGAGGAUAUCAUCAGCAUCAGCAAUACAACAGAAAUUGUCAAUGAAAUUGAAGAAACUGAAAUUAUCGUGCAAGAGAAGGAAUCAACCACCGUAUUGUUGGCGGACAACGAUGACUCGUCGUCCUCGUCGUCUUCGGAAAAAUUGAGGAGUCUCAGUCCAAAGGCAGUAUUGCGUUUCAUUGCCCCAACUUUGGCGUUAUGGAUUGCUCCACCAGUCAUGUCCUUGAUUGAUACCAGUGCCGUAGGUCGAUUUUGUGGAGCAACCGAUUUGGCAGCCACCAAUCUUGUAACGAAUGCCAAUGCCAAUGCUAGUACUACUAGUGACGAUCGACAAGAAUCGGAUCGAAUUGUCAGCGAGGCGCUAUUUUUGGCAUUGAUCAGUGGUAUCGGACUAGGCGCCAUGGUACUCGUGGCUGGAAGUCCUAUAUUGGGCAUGAUUGCCGGUGAAGCCAGUCGAUCCGUCGUUCCUUCGGCGUUAAAGUAUGCCUUGGUAAGAGCAUUUGGACAACCAUUUGUCAUUAUGGCAAGUGUGGCACGAGCUGCCGCCUUGGCAGAAAGGGAUACGAAAGGACCCUUGGUAUCGGUCGGUUUGGCAUUUAUUUUGAAUGUGAUUGGGACCUUGACGUUGGUGACGAAAACACCCUUGGGAAUUGUGGGAGCCGCCAUUGGUACCCUUUGUGCCGAUGUUGCAUCGACAGGAUUUCUCUUGAGCCGGCUCCGACAAUCUCGAAAACGACGAGGAAACAACGAAUCGUCGUCAUCCUCAUCAUCCUCAUCUGUCACUAUGCCAUUGCUACAAGUACCAUCGUUGGACAGCACCAAACGAUUUCUUCAAUAUGCCGCACCAAUUUUCUUCACCAUUUUAGGAAAGCUCGUGGUCUACAAUGGCGUUGCGUUGUCGGUCGGGAGACUAGGCUCGGUGGCAUUGGCAGCUCAUCAAGUCCUUCUCAGGAGUUUCUUCUUUUGGUGUCCCGUUGGAGAUUCAGUGGGGAUGACAUCGCAAGUCUUUUUGCCAGGCAUCCUAGCCAAAGAACGACGAACAGGAGUCCCACAAAGAGGAGCCAAGCGAUUACUAUUUAGCACCGGGGUAGGAGCAGGACUGGUAGCGGCCGUAUUGGCGUGGUUGCUCCCGGCCAGAGGGGCGGGGCUUUUCACUGCCGAUGCCGCCGUGGCACAAGCCCUGCGGCGAACGGCUCCCAUUCUUGGUUUGAGUAUAUCCAUGCACGCAGUUGCACUGACUUGCGAGGGGAUGCUUUUGGCACAGCGAGAUUUGGGAUUUCUUUCCAAGUCGUACAUUAUCACUACGAUUGCUACCAUCAGCCUACUGCUGAGUCCGUUGCGGCCUUCGACUUUGGGCGGUUCCUGGUGGAUUCUUGCCUUAUUCCAGGCAAGCCGAUCGUUCCAAUUCACGCUACGUAACAUUAUUCUGACGAAUCGAAAGUCAAAGCAGCUUUCUGUCACAGCAUAA